CAGAGGAGGGAGGCAGCGGGUGAGAGUUCAGAGUUCAGCAGCAGCAGCCCGAGCCCAUGAUUCCCAUAUGCCCUGUAGUUUCCUUCACCUAUGUGCCCAGCCGGCUGGGGGAAGAUGCCAAAAUGGCGACCGGCAACUACUUUGGAUUCACCCACAGCGGGGCGGCGGCGGCGGCGGCUGCGGCCCAGUAUAGCCAGCAGCCAGCUUCGGGUGUAGCCUACUCUCAUCCAACUACAGUUGCUAGCUACACUGUCCAUCAGGCUCCGGUAGCUGCUCACACAGUUACUGCUGCCUAUGCACCAGCGGCUGCUACAGUUGCGGUUGCCAGGCCUGCUCCUGUCGCUGUUGCAGCUGCUGCAACAGCUGCUGCUUAUGGAGGCUACCCCACUGCACACACCGCAACGGAUUAUGGUUAUACCCAGAGACAACAAGAAGCACCACCCCCGCCACCUCCCGCUACUACACAAAACUACCAGGACUCAUACUCGUAUGUAAGAUCCACAGCUCCUGCUGUAGCUUACGAUAGUAAGCAGUACUACCAACAACCAACGGCAACUGCUGCUGCUGUAGCUGCUGCUGCCCAGCCUCAGCCUUCUGUUGCUGAAACCUACUAUCAGACAGCCCCCAAAGCAGGUUAUAGCCAAGGUGCAACUCAGUAUACACAAGCCCAGCAAACUCGACAAGUGACAGCCAUAAAACCAGCGACACCGAGUCCAGCUACCACUACUUUCUCCAUUUAUCCUGUAUCUUCCACCGUACAGCCAGUAGCAGCUGCAGCUACUGUGGUGCCAUCCUACACCCAGAGUGCUACUUACAGUACCACGGCAGUUACUUAUUCUGGUACGUCUUAUUCAGGUUAUGAAGCAGCAGUGUAUUCAGCUGCAUCCUCCUACUACCAACAGCAGCAGCAGCAACAGAAGCAGGCGGCGGCAGCGGCUGCUGCUGCUGCUGCCACAGCUGCCUGGACAGGGACCACCUUCACUAAAAAAGCACCAUUCCAAAAUAAGCAACUGAAACCAAAACAGCCUCCCAAACCGCCCCAGAUUCACUAUUGCGAUGUUUGCAAGAUCAGCUGUGCUGGCCCACAGACUUACAAAGAACAUUUAGAAGGACAGAAACAUAAAAAAAAAGAAGCCGCAUUGAAAGCCUCACAAAAUACCAGCAGCAGCAGCAACUCUGCUCGUGGGACUCAGAAUCAGCUGCGCUGCGAGCUCUGCGAUGUGUCCUGUACAGGAGCAGAUGCAUAUGCUGCCCACAUUCGUGGUGCUAAGCAUCAGAAAGUGGUUAAAUUACACACAAAACUUGGUAAACCCAUUCCUUCAACAGAACCAAACGUUGUUAGCCAAGCUACUGCUUCAACAGCUGUGUCUGUUACAAAACCGACUGCCUCUCCUUCAAGCAUUACAGCAAGCAAUUGUACUGUGAAUACUUCAUCAAUUGCAACUUCUUCAGUGAAAGGUCUUACAGCUACAGGAAACUCGUCUCUUAAUAGCACAUCCAACACUAAAGUGUCAGCAGUGCCUACAAGUAUGGCUGCCAAGAAGACAUCUACACCCAAAAUAAACUUUGUUGGUGGUAAUAAGCUGCAAUCAACAGGAAAUAAAACAGAAGACUUAAAAGGAACAGAAUGUGUUAAAGGCACUCCUGUAGCUUCUGUACAGAUUCCAGAAGUAAAGCCAGACACAGUGUCAGAACCAGUCACGCCUGCAUCUCUGGCUGCUUUGCAGAGUGAUGUGCAGCCAGUGGGCCAUGAUUACGUGGAGGAGGUACGAAACGAUGAGGGAAAAGUAAUUCGAUUCCAUUGUAAAUUAUGCGAGUGCAGCUUUAAUGAUCCCAAUGCGAAGGAAAUGCACUUAAAAGGGCGAAGACACAGACUUCAAUAUAAAAAAAAAGUCAAUCCAGAUUUGCAAGUAGAAGUAAAGCCCAGUAUUCGAGCAAGAAAGAUUCAAGAAGAGAAAAUGAGGAAGCAAAUGCAGAAAGAGGAGUAUUGGCGGAGACGAGAAGAAGAAGAGCGCUGGAGAAUGGAAAUGAGACGUUAUGAAGAGGAUAUGUACUGGAGAAGAAUGGAGGAAGAACAACAUCAUUGGGAUGAUCGCCGCCGUAUGCCUGAUGGUGGCUAUCCUCAUGGUCCCCCAGGUCCGCUAGGCCUUCUCGGAGUCCGACCAGGCAUGCCUCCUCAGCCACAGGGGCCUGCACCUUUACGACGUCCUGACUCAUCUGAUGACCGUUAUGUAAUGACAAAACAUGCAACCAUUUACCCAACUGAAGAGGAAUUACAGGCAGUUCAGAAAAUUGUUUCUAUCACUGAACGUGCUUUAAAACUUGUUUCAGACAGUUUGUCUGAACAUGAGAAGAGCAAGAACAAAGAAGGAGAUGAUAAGAAAGAGGGAGGUAAAGACAGAGCUUUAAAAGGAGUUUUGCGAGUGGGAGUAUUGGCAAAAGGAUUACUUCUCCGAGGAGAUAGAAAUGUCAACCUUGUUUUGCUGUGCUCAGAGAAACCUUCAAAGACAUUAUUAAGCCGUAUUGCAGAAAACCUACCCAAACAGCUUGCUGUUAUAAGUCCUGAGAAGUAUGACAUAAAAUGUGCUGUGUCUGAAGCGGCAAUCAUUUUGAAUUCAUGUGUGGAACCCAAAAUGCAAGUCACUAUCACCCUAACAUCUCCAAUUAUUCGAGAAGAGAACAUGAGGGAAGGAGAUGUAACCUCGGGUAUGGUGAAAGACCCACCGGACGUCUUGGACAGGCAAAAAUGCCUUGACGCUCUGGCUGCUCUCCGCCACGCUAAGUGGUUCCAGGCUAGAGCUAAUGGUCUGCAGUCCUGUGUGAUUAUCAUACGUAUUCUCCGGGACCUUUGUCAGCGAGUUCCAACUUGGUCUGAUUUUCCAAGCUGGGCUAUGGAGCUGCUAGUGGAGAAAGCGAUCAGUAGUGCGUCUAGUCCUCAGAGCCCUGGAGAUGCACUGAGAAGAGUGUUUGAGUGCAUUUCCUCAGGGAUUAUCCUGAAAGGUAGCCCUGGCCUUCUGGAUCCUUGUGAGAAGGACCCCUUUGAUACCUUGGCCACAAUGACUGACCAGCAGCGUGAGGACAUCACAUCCAGUGCACAGUUUGCAUUGAGACUCCUUGCAUUCCGCCAGAUACACAAAGUUCUAGGCAUGGACCCGUUACCCCAAAUGAGCCAGCGUUUUAACAUCCACAGCAACAGGAAACGAAGAAGGGAUAGUGAUGGAGUUGAUGGAUUUGAAGCUGAGGGGAAAAAGGACAAAAAAGAUUAUGAUAACUUUUAAAAAAAGUUUCUGUAAAUCUGCAGUGUUAAAAAUAAUAGGUGCCCAUUUGUUGGCUUUUUUUUCAUUCAUAAUAAUG